GGAGGCGUCGGGGGCGGGGAAGGAGGGGUGUCUUCAGGUGUCUGCGACCUCGGCGCCUCCCGCCCGGAAGUGCCCGAGGGUCCGCUAUGGAGCUGGCGCAGCCGGGCGCUUGGUAGCGUGGUGGGCAAGGCGGGUGCCAUGGCCCUGAUUGAAGGGGUGGGUGAUGAGGUGACCAUCCUUUUCGCGGUGCUUGCCUGCGUUCUGGUGCUGGCUCUCGCCUGGGUCUCAACACACACCGCCGAGGGCACCGACUCGCUGCCCCAGCCGUCAGGGACCCCAACACCAGCACAACCCAGCGAAGCUAUGGCAGUCACUGACAGCAUCAGAGGGGAGGCCCCAGGAGCAGAGACCCCCAGCUUGAGACACAGAGGUCAGGCUGCACAGCCACAACCUGGCACGCCGCUCCCAGCAACGCCGCCACCCCCGGACUCCCCUCAGGAGCCCCUAGUACUACGGCUGAAAUUCCUCAACGAUUCAGAGCAGGUGGCCAGGGCCUGGCCCCACGACACCAUCGGUUCCCUGAAAAGGACCCAGUUUCCCGGCCGGGAACAGCAGGUGCGGCUCAUCUACCAAGGGCAGCUGCUAGGAGACGAUACCCAGACCCUGGGCAGCCUUCACCUCCCUCCCAACUGCGUUCUCCACUGCCACGUGUCCACGCGGGUCGGUCCCCCACACACCCCCUGCCCACCGGGGUCAGAACCAGGCCCCUCAGGGCUGGAAAUAGGCAGCCUUCUGCUGCCCCUGCUGCUGCUGCUGCUGCUGCUGCUCUGGUACUGCCAGAUCCAGUACCGGCCCUUCUUUCCUCUGACCGCCACUCUGGGUCUGGCCGGCUUCACCCUGCUCCUCAGUCUCCUGGCCUUUGCCAUGUACCGUCCGUAGUGCCUCCACGGGCUCUCGGCAGUGUUGCUGGCCGCUCUGGACCUUGCUCCCCACGACACGGUGGGAGCUGCUGUCUGCCCAGGCCUGCCUCUCCGGCCUGCCUCUUCCCACUACCCUGGAGCCCAGCCGUGCGCCGCAGGGCACUCCGGGGGCCGGCAGAGGCCCCUCCCUGUGACCUCCAUGGCUCUGGGCCACCUCCCGGGGCUGCUGGCCCUCAGGCCUCACUGACAGUCGGCUCCUCCUCGGCGUCAGGCAGCUGCUGUCGCUGCCUUGGCCCGGGGCAGAGCCGGGCCACGCCCCUGGGCCCGUCCUAGUGUUCUGAGGACCCAACACAUAGCUUCUUGGGCUGAUCUGGGGACCCAAAGACUGUGGGCGGCUGGUGAAGGGUAGCUGGGAGGAGCGGAGGGGGUUCUCCGGAACAUGCGCAGAUUAAAUAACUGUGAAGUUUUCA